AUGGUACGCCUCACGGACAAGGCUCACACCCACGCCCACACCCACGUCGGAGUCCAGCACCCUCCACCCCACCACGCCCCCUUUCCGCUCGUCCACCCCCUGACCCCUGCCGCAAGCUCGGCGUACCGCCUCUGGCUCUGGCGUUGCUGUUGCCGCUGCUCGCUCUCGUUGCUUUUGCUUGUUGCUCUGCCCUACGAGGUGUCGAGAGUGCAGGAAAAGCACCCCUCCACCCCCUGGGCGCUGGUCCCCUGUCUACUUUGGGGGUUCACCAUCUGGAGGAGACUGAUCCGCGUCGUCCACCGGGUCCCAAGUGCCAACAGCAAGCAAGCCACGACCGUCGAACCCAUGUGCCCUGGCCUGCAAGAUGUGGUGGUCGUCUCUGUCUCUGCACCCAGAUCUCUGGAUUCUCACGACACCAAGACGACGGCCAUCACCUAUUAG